AUGAUGACGAAAUAUUUGGGAAAAAAUUUAAUAGAUAAUAAUAAUAAUAAUAAUAAUAGAAACGUUAUAUUGGAGGAUAAAAAUAAUAAAAAGGAUUUAGAGGAAAAAGGAAUGGAUUUUUGGGUCGAUGGAUUUAUGAAAAUAAAUAAUAAAAAAAAAAUCGAUAAAAUCAAUAAAAUUAACAUUCAUCUUCACGCAUUAUAUGCGGCCAUUGAAAAUGGACAAAUCGAAAAAGCUCGAACGAUUCUCGAAUCGAGUGACGUAGAUGUUAAUAGCAUUAAUGGUGAUGGUUUGACGCCAUUGGACGUUGCCGUUUUAUCAAAUCAAAAAUCAUUAGCUAGAAUGUUGGUAGCAUUUGGUGCUCAAGAGGGAAAUCACUUUCAAUCUCCGAGUAAAUUGGAAAAUCAUUUGAGAAAUAUUUCAUUGGAAGCUGAUAGAAAAGUUAUCGAGUUAAAUGGAGGUUUAAUAGGAUCCGAUCAAAGUUUAACAACGAAUUUAAACAAUAACAGAAGUUCUUUCAGCAUUUCUCCCCAUUAUCCCUCAUCAUCAUCAUCAUCAUCGAUUUCUUGUCACGGUGGAUCCGGCGGUGAUUCGGAAAAGGAGCUUUUAAUAUGGGAAAGAAGGAGUAAAGGACUUAAAAAAAUGCUUUUAGGUUUCGAUCAAACUCGUCCUCCCGAUACGCCAUUUUUAGUUGCCGUUGAUGUAACGGGUACAAAUUCGGUUAACGUUAGAUAUCAAGGACCUGAACAUUUGGAUUCGUUCAUCUGCACAAAAUAUAAAAUUCAAUGGAGUGAAAGUGAAACAUUCGAUAUAAUUUCUGGUGAGAAAGAAAUAACGGAUGUUAAACGACUCGAAUGUCCCGUAACGGAUUUAAACAAAGGAAAACGUUAUUGGUUCAGAGUAAGCUGUGGAAAUUUAAAAGGUUAUGGAAAUUAUAAAGUAUCAACGCCGGCAAGUGUCGUACCGUCCAGUUGGAGAGAUGAACAAAAUCGCGAACCGAGAUUUUCAUGUAAAUUACAACAACAACUCGAAGAAUUAUUUUCCGAUAUAAAAAAUUUAAGGCCUGAAACAGCAUCGGAAAUUAAAAAUUUUACGGAUCAGGAAAAACAGGGAGAUUCUUUUGCUCUACCGAAAAAAGCUCAAAAAAAGAAAACAAUAAAACAAUUAUUUACGGUCGCUGGAAAAUUUCAAAAACACUUGAAAAGGGGCGUGUAUUUGGUCUGCCUUUUUUAUCACGAUGAUAAAAUAUUAGUUACAAAUGAAGAUUUUCUACCCGCCAUUGAAGUUGAUGAAUCGUAUUCUAGUUCGAUAAAUAACGAUCUUCAUUGGUUUAUGAAAGUUGCUUGCACUUGGAGUGACGUCAAAUCAUUAAAACAAGACAUGGAAAAAAAUUUAACAUCGACAACGAGUCACUUUAGAAUAAAAUUGUUACAAGCCGCUCAACAAAUGCAGUCGAGCCUUUGCACUCAAGAUUUGGGUCAAUUGUAUUAUAAACCAAUAAGAGAUGCUCAAGGUACUUUAGCUUUUUGUUCGGUUAAUUCAUUAAAAAGUUUAAAAUCCAUUUCCGUGUUAAAUUUAAGAUGGACUCCGAUAAGUAAAAUACAAAAGAAAAUAAUUGCGAGCGAAGAAUCAAACGUCGGAGAAUUAUUAAUGGCUUCCAUACAGUCUCAAAUAACUUAUCAUCAAGUAACUAAUUUAAAACUUAGCAAAGGUUUAUACCUUGGAUACCUUAAAAUGAAAAGUUCCGUGGAUUUAAUACAAAUAAUUGUACCGACGAAAACUCCCAACGUGUUACCGCAUUGUAAAAUAAGAAAUAAUCCUCACGUAUCAUCGGAUGAGUGGGAAUGGCUUAGAAGGAUAAAUUCAAGGCAUAAAUCGUUAGAAAAUUUACAACAACAGGGUCAAGUUAAAGAAGUUAAAGAAUGUGAUUUGUUAAAAGGUACUGAACAACAGCAAAUAUUUGUCGAACAGGUAGCAAGUACGGCAAGGAAACUUUUUUCUUACCUUGAUGUCAAUAUGGACGAUGCAAUGCUUCACAGACUGUACGACGUAGAAGUAGUUGAUCUCAAUUCGGAUGUUUCGUUCCUAAUUAUAGUUCCUCCUGUAGAAACUUCUUGUUCCGUUCCCGGACAAAAAGACAUUUUAUUAGAUCGCGGAGAUUUAAUGUCAAUAUCUUUACAAGUUUUCGAAAUGGUACAUUUGGGUACUUAUCAACCGGAAGUUAUAUCAAGGUAUUCAAGGUUGAGUUGUAUAUUGGAAUUAGAUUUAAUAUUAGCGCAACAUAGUCACAGAGAGGCUUUUUCAUCGUCCGAAGUUCAAAUAACAAAAGACAGACUGAGAAAAUUACAAGAAUUACAAAUACAAUUAAAUACCGUUUGGAAAAGCGUACGAUGGAUAAUGGAUUUGAUAACGUUUGCACGGGAUCGUACAUCAUCAUCGUCAUCAUCAUCAUCAUCAUCCUCCUCCUCCUCCGGAUCAUCUUUGCAAAUGAAUUCAAAAUCAACCGGAAAUUUACCAAAUAAUUCUAGUAAAAUAAGCAAUAUACAAACGAGCAGUCUUUCGACUGAUUCUCCAAAAGAUCCAAAAAUAUUAAAAUCAAACGUAAGUCGUGGGUCAUGGCCCGGUCCCGAUGUUGAAAAUUCUGGUACUUUAUUAGAUUCGAGCUUUAGUAAAAGUGAACAGCAUCUGAACGUUUUAGGAGGUCCGAGUUACAAUAGGGAAUCAAGAAUCGAUAGUGCCUCCGAUUGUAUAAAUAAAGAAAAUUUAUUACUAAUUAACGGAACCAAUUCAUUUGAUAAAAAUAGAAAGAUCAAUAUAAAUCGUGACGUCAUAACAAAUCUGGGAAAUCGUAUGCCUUUUUCAAGAAGCGAAGACUAUUUAUUUCUAAAUCAAGACUCAGGGUUAUUUAAGCAUCCGAACGAUUAUAAGAUUAACAGAAUUAGACCCAAUACGACAACCACGAGCGUGAGUGCUACAAAUUCUCCUUUACUUCCGCAACGAAAUUCCGGAGAAACUCAAUUUAAUAGAAUGAACGCCGGAAGUACGCUGUCGAUAGCGCGAACAAACACUUCCGGUAGUUUACACAGCGUUUCUUCGGACGAAAGUACGGCGGCGGUUGUUUCACUUCCCGUGACGACUCCUUUUCGUUCGAACGUCGCGGGAACCACCGUGGGUACCGUGCAACAUUCUGCGUCUUUGAUGUCAUUAGCCAAACCUAAAAUACCCGAAACGGUUUCUUUAAACGCCUUAACCGAAAUAAGCAAUAUAAAAAGAUCAAACAAUUCGGUCAAUAUAAUGUCAAGUGGGUCAAUUUUAUCCGGUAAUAUAAUUCCGGUUAACAUAAAUCAAAAACCGUUAAAAACAACCGCCAACAUACCGGAAACAACGAUAUUAAAUCAACACAUAUCGUCAUCUUCGAUGCCUACUUUUUCCAAACAUUCAGGACACAAUUUAACCGGAUUGUCUGUGAAUGUCAAUACCAUGCCUGGCAUGACGCAAAAAAUUCAAUCACCCGUUAAGUCACCGAUAAUAGCUGUUUCACCCAUCGAUACCGUUCUCUCAGGUACACAAAUAAAUAAACGAACGAAUCCUUCACUGCCCAUUGAUUCACUCGCUACUGAUUUAGAUUUGCUUCAAUGUCCUCCAUUUUCACUGGAGUCUGGAAAUUCUAAUUACGGGAGCUCCGUUGGACAUAAUUUAUUGGGAACGACAAACGCGUUAAGUGAUAUGAAAAAAUCAGAAUCCGUUGUUGUUCCAUCGGGUUUUACCACAUCCGGAUCGACUAUUUCCACGGCUUUAGAAAUCGAAGAAGAUCCGGAAGAUUUGGAAAACGGAGUUAAAAUACCAACGCUAUCAUCUGGAGUAUACGCUGCUUACGAAACAGGCUUAGCAGCCGGUACGAGUUUAAAAUUGCACGUCACACCGAGAACAUCGGCGAGAGAAGUUGUCGAUCUCGUCGUUAAGCAAUUAAAUAUGGCUGUGUUAUUAAAAGGAAGAGACGGACCCAUAUAUUCAGCGGAAAAGUUGAAAAAUUUUUGUCUCGUCGCCGUCAUCGGAGCACGUGAAAGAUGUUUAAGGGAUGAUUUUCGACCCCUGCAACUUCAAAACCCUUGGAAAAAGGGGAGGCUUUACGUGAGAGAAAAACAAGAUGUUUUAGCUGCUUUAGAGCAUAGUUCGCGACAAUCUGCGUAUCUGUGA